GAUAACUAGCAAAUCGAUAUAGAAAUUAUUAUAAGAUCUCAUGCGAUUGGGGCAUUCAUGUUGCAUUGAGAAUAGAAAACGAAAGAACGGCAUUUCGAGGAAACAAGCAGAAAAGAGAACUACAUUCACUCGAUAUAGUAGAUAUAGAUUUGUUCAUGUUUACGUCUUUCUAACCAAAACUGUUGGUUAAUUGUUCGUAAUAUUGUCGGUACACGAUUAAAAAACGGAUUUUACUGACGAUUCGUCGUAAUAAUUUAAAUACAUCGUUACAUGUCAGAAGUUAUACGUAUGCAUGAACUUCAGUUGAAUAUUUUAUGAUUAAAAUUGGAUUGUGGUAAGGCAUUUCGUUCAACUAUAUUAGAAGGGAUAAAUAAUGAAUAUCCGCAGCAGAAGAAAGAAUACUCUCGUUAAAGAAACCAAGACUGAAUAAUCUGACAUUACAUGAAGCCUGAGAUAUGCAUGGCUCUUGUAUGACAAUAGAAGUUUGAUAGGAUGCCCACCAUAGCCAGUUCCUCUUUAACAUAUGAAAUUCUCAUGUACUUUAAUUCCUUUUAUUUUGGUAUGUUUGCUGUUUGCGAAUUGGUCAUGGGAUUCUUCAAGGCUGCAAAUUUGCCUUCACCUGGCACGAGCAAAACAUUGUUAGAGUUUGCAAUUUUGUUCUUCCUUAUAACCACGGAAGGUGCCAGAAUUUAUCUUGGAAGGAAAGGAAAUUUGACAGAACACGGACUACCAAUUCUUAUCGGAUUUAUUUUAACUAUACCUAGCUCGCUGGCAACAUUGUACUUUUUAAUUUGGCAAAAUUAUGUGCUGCGAUUGGAAGUAAUUCUUUGCAGCAUACAACUAGUCCUCCUGGCAUCUGAAUUAGUUAUUUCCGUCUUGUGCCUUAUAGCUAUUUAUCGUCCUCCAUCUCCCGAAGAGUGAGUAAUGCUUUGAGUGCCUUCUAUCAUCUUUCCAAAUAUGUACAAUUUUAAUGUAUACAAUAUAUAAAUGAAGAAAAUAGAAGUAAAAUAAAA